AUGUUGGUCAAGUCUUAUAGGAUGGUAAGAGACAGUCUUCACGAAAAUCCUGGUGCUAAUUUGAAGUUAAGAUUAAUCGGAAAAAGAGAACAAGAUGGAAGGACAUAUAACUUACCAACUUCUUCGGAGGUAGCCGCUUUAAUUGUUGGUGACAUUUCUGAUUCAGUUGAAAAAAGAGACAUUGUUGUUCAAACCUCAUCAGGAUUACUUCAGCGUAUCAGUGAAUUACAUCCUUCUUACCUUGCUCUUCAGUAUCCAUUACUAUUUCCAUAUGGUGAUGAUGGUUACAGAGUUGACAUCCUUCAUAGAGGUAUUACAUCUUCAAGUAAUAGCAAGCGCCCAACGUGUACAAUGAGAGAAUUUUUUGCUUACAGAAUUCAAGAUAGAGAUCAAUCGUUCUCACUACUUCUCAAUGCAAAAAGGUUGUUCCAACAAUUUUUGGUUGAUGGUUAUACAAUGAUUGAAAGUGAGAGAUUAUUUUUCAUACGUAAGCAACAAAAAAUUCUUAGAUGUGAGUCUUAUGAGAAAUUGCGUAAUCACCAAGCACUCGGGAGUACAGAUAUAUCGAACGUCGGGCAACGUGUGAUCUUACCUUCUUCAUUUACCGGUGGUGCACGCUAUAUGAUGCAAAACUAUUUGGAUGCCAUGUUGCUUUGUAAAUGGUUUGGAUAUCCUGAUUUCUUCAUAACCUUUACGUGUAAUCCAAAAUGGCCAGAAGUUCAAAGGUUUCUUAAGGACACUCCACUUCAUCCAGAAGAUAGACCGGAUAUAUUAUGUAGGUUAUUUAAGAUCAAGUUGGAUGCAUUUAUUAAAGAUUUAAGGGAAAAUAAAAUUUUCGACACGGUUCAAGCAGGUAUUUAA